AUGUUUCCAAGAUCAAUUAUAACGCUGUUAUGCUUCGUUUUACUUUCAAUGAUCAUCCAAGAUACAACUGCUUAUCGCUUGGAUCAACGAGAAGUACAUUCGGAUAAGGAAAAUGACAAUUCUCAUCUUUUCGAAGCCGACUUUCUCGACAAGCUUCAAAACCUACUCUCGGCGGCUGACAGUCUCAUUGCAAAAAACAAACAAUCAGCAUUAAACGAACAUGAACUUCAAACACGGUUAGCAAUCAAUCGCCGUCCUGGACUUAUUCGUUUGAAAAAAGCGAGUGAUAACUGA